AUGAGAAGAAACCGAACUUGAUUCUCGUCUGCUAUUUAUUACUUGAACAGGUAAGAACUUGUGUUGAAUAACUGUUCUAUCAGUAUUCCGUUAGAAACGGUGGCAUCUUAAUAUUCCCUUCGGAUCAAGUGGCGGAAUUAAAUAUAUAUUUUAGUUUUAGUUUCGCUUGGACUACAUUUUCUGAAAUAUUCCUUUUAAGGUGUUGAGUUUUCAAAUGAGCCGCCUGACAUCUUUGUUCUGUAGGUGGCUGAGUUUGGCGAUUUUGAUAGCGGUUUCUGCAGAAAGUGUUGACCAGAAUGAGGUUGAUAAAGGCCAGAGCAGAGAAGCUAAACUCGUAUGUUAUUACUCCAAUUGGGCUGUAUAUCGGCCCGGAUUAGCAAAGUUUACUCCAGAAAACAUAAAUCCGUAUCUAUGUACCCAUGUCAUUUACGCAUUUGCCUCUUUAUCUGAAGAGUACAAAAUACAGCCUUUUGAUCCUUACAAUGACAUAGAACAAGGCAAUUACAGGAGCUUUGUCAGUUUAAAAGCCUACAAUCCGAACCUGAAAACAAUGAUUGCGGUGGGUGGAUGGAACGAGGGAUCCAAGAGAUUUUCCAAACUUGUGGAAUCCGAGGACAAUCGCCGGACCUUCAUCUCCAGCGCCUUGUUGUUCCUCAGGGAACAUGGUUUUGAUGGCAUUGAUCUAGAUUGGGAAUACCCUGCUUUCAGAGAAGGAGGAAACCACACCACUGACAAAAGUGGAUACGCCUUACUCGUCAAGGAGUUGCGUGAAGUCAUAGAUAAAGAAGAUCUUUCACCAGAUAAAGAGAAACUACUUCUUUCUGUUGCCGUUCCUGCCACCAAGGAUUAUAUAGAUCAAGGAUUCGAUGUACCAGAAAUAUCAAAGCAUGCUGACUUUUUGAACAUGUUAACGUAUGAUUACCAUACAGCUUACGAGCCAGAAACUCAUCAUCAUUCACCACUUUUCCCUCCGUCUGAUUUGGAUCCUCUUGACGAGCGCAACCGCCUCAAUGUGGCAUGGACAGUGGAUUAUUAUUUGAAAUUGGGUGCACCAAACCACAAACUGAUUGUUGGGAUUCCAAUGUAUGGCAGAUCUUUUACUUUAUCUAGUCCUCAACUUGCAAGUAGUUACGAUGCUCCAUCAACAGGCCCCGGCGAGGAAGGUGCAGCUACUAGAGAAAAGGGAUAUCUUGCAUUUUACGAAAUUUGUCAGAAAGUAAAAGAAGAUGAUUGGGAAGUGGAAGCCCCAUCACCAAGUCUUAUAGGACCUUAUGCUUACAAAGAAAAUCAAUGGGUUGGAUUUGAUGAUGAGGACAUGGUAUUUAAUAAGGCUCGGUACAUAUUAGAUAAAAAACUAGGAGGUGCCAUGGUGUGGACUCUUGAUAAUGAUGAUUUUAGAGGUCUCUGCACAGGGGAGCAAAGUCCUCUCGUUAAUACCCUGAGAGAGGUUCUGUUGCUCACAAAUCUCAUUGAGGGCAGUUCGAGUCAGAGAUCUAUUGCUAGAUCAGCUGGUCCACAACCUAGGUCAUCUGCUGUCAGAUUUGAUGAUGAUGCAACUGAUGAAGAGGCCACUGAAGCACCCAGAAGGCGGAACACUCUUCGGAGAUUGGUACAAAACAGACAGUCCUCGAGAGACAGGCAAACUUCGUCUCGUCGCUUAAACACAGAAGCCGAGGAAAAUGAAGUUUUGGUAACUCCUACAACUCCAGCUCCACCUCCGACUCCAGACCCCGGUGUAGCCUUUGAAUGUAAGGACGAAGGCUUCUUCAAUAACCCCAAAGACUGCAGGAAAUAUUUCUGGUGUUUGGACAGUGGUCCGGCGAAUCUUGGUGUGGUAGCUCAUGCUUUCACCUGUCCUUCAGGGCUUCAUUUUAAUUCGAACUCGGAGUCCUGUGAUUAUCCUGAAAAUGUUGUUUGUCCAGUGGGAUCCACUGGUGCUUCACCUGCGAAAUCGACAGCACGACCUCGAAGCAGAACGACAACAACCACAACCACGACGACUACAACCACUGAACCACCAACAACCACGACUGAAGAACCAGAGGAAGAAGAAGAGGAGGAGACACCGGAAGGGGGAGGAAAUGUAGCAGAGUUACUCCGACUCCUACAAGCGAUAGGAGGAGUUGAGCGCCUUCAGAGUAUCUUAGGAGCCCAAGAUCAAGCAUCGAGCAUAAGGAGUCACGACACAGUUCCUUCUUUGCCGAAUUAUGACACUCCUAAAAGGAUAUCGCCAGUACUACCACCUGUUUAUGAAGCACCAUCUUCAACAGUUGCUCCAGCUACACAGCCUAAAAGACAACCUCAGCACAAACCAGAACUUUUCCCUGAUCCAUAUGAUUUUGGAGGAGCUGAGGAAGGUGAACCCGACGUUGAUGAUGCUAUCGAUGACUUCCCGUUCCACUAUAAUACCCCUCCACGUGAAAACACUAAUGUUCAACCCGAAGUUGUUUAUGUUAAGGAUGAAAUUUCUGAAAGACCAGUACCCGAUGUAGCACCAUACGAAGCCCCUCUUAGAUAUUCAUCACCUGUUACAUCAUCCUCGACAACUGCCGCACCCGACAAAGGACCCUAUCGAACCCCUAUCAGAGUACAAGUCGGUAGGGUAGUUCGAGUACAAAACGGAAACCAACCACCCCAAACAGGAAACAAUAUUGUGGAGUCUGGUCCACACGUAGGGCGACGAAGAAUGCUUGUUAGAGUAAGACCAGCAGGAUCUAACCGUACUACAACUGAAGACGAUGUACGGCCGACAGCCGAAGAACCAGUCAGUGAAGUGACAGGAAGGGCAGUUAGCAGAGAAGAUGGUCGCUUGUCGGGAUCAACAAUUCAAGCCACAAGAACAAAUCCUGUAGUCGCCGCAUCAAAUAUUGCUGGAAACGGAGAAUCGAGGGUGGCUGUGAGAAGAAGACCAGGACAAGGGCAAUCAGUUGACAAGAUCGCUGAAGAACAAAGAGUAGGACAAGGUGUACGCCUUGUAGCUAGACGGCCCAAUGCCAUAGCUGACAAUGACAGAGGCAACUAUGUUACUGUCAGGAGGCGUCCUACAACUGCCGAGCUAACAAGUCCUGCAACAACAUCUACCACAACAACAACGACAACCACCACCUUGCCUCCUGAACCAGCUCCAGUUUACACUGCUCCAAAUUCAACCUCAGAAAAUGAUAGUGAUGAAUAUGAAGAUGAAUACUAUUAUGAGUAUGAAGAUGAAACUACUACUUCCGAGCAGACAACCACUACAACUACAACAACCAAAAGACCAACACUUAGGCCCCCUCUUAGCAACAGAAGACGAUUCUCAUCAUCAACAUCAUCACCUGUGAGAACGACGAGUACAACUUCUUCUCCAAGAAGUUCUAAUCGUCGUGGUUCACAGACUGCAUCGUCAGCAACUACCACAACUAGUCGUCCUUUGCCUACUCCAUCCGAUGAUGGACCACCCGUAGUCGUAAAAUCAGAAACCGAAGUUGAUUGCUUUAAACGAGGUGUAUUUAUUCAUCCCACUGAGUGUAGUAAGUUCGUAGUUUGCGCACCGGCCUCUCGAGCUGCUGGAAAGGCAUUGAAAGGUCGAAUCCUAAAUUGCCCGGCUAAUCAAAUAUACUUAGUGGGUAUAGGACGUUGCAUGAAAGGAGACAGAAGUAAGUGUCAGAAACUGAAAUAAGCAGAAAGGAUACUUAGAUAUUUACAAACCAGUACUGAAAAUGGAACUAAAUGAAGUAACUGACUGUACAUAGAGAUGGAACUUUUUUGAGACUCAUUAUUCUCAAACUUCGUUGAAUUGCAGCUUCUUCAGCGAUUUCUAGGGAAAACAAUUGCGCAUCGUGGUUUAACUAUUUUUUGUAACUUUUCUAAUCAUGUCUGUUGUCGACGUUGUUUCUGUUGUGAUCAUGGAUCUAAGCAUCAAUCUCUGUAAGCAUAGCAUUAAGCAAUUUGAUCAUUGUUUUUUCUCAGAAUUGAUUUGUUACAACCAAUCUGAUUGAAGCAGUAUCCCACAAACUAGAGAUGACUUAUAGAACUAAGAAAUAUCAUCAGAGUUCAAAUUAACAAUUUUGUUUUCUAGUCUCGGAAGCUCCCUUUUGUUUUAGAAAAAAUAUUUUUAAAGUGGUUGUUUUCUUUUGUUAAUUAUGCAUGCAAAUUCUAUACAUUAAUAAGAAAAAUCUGUUGAAAAUUAUUGCUGCAAACAGUUCAUAAUCUAAAAAGUUGAAUUUAGUAUUAGUUAUAGUUUGAUAAAUCCAGACUAAUAUAGUUUUUAUACGAAAUAGAAAUGUAGAGUAUAAAUAUUUACAAUAUAAAACAACAGCAGCUUUAAGAAAAUAUUGGUUAAAAUUAACGGAUUUUAUUUUGAGCUAAUUUCAAAGUAAAUUUACAUAUGUGAAGUUUUAAUUUUUAACGUGCCUUAGCAAAUUAUUAGUUAUUUGAGCAUAAUUUGAAAGCUUAUUUUUAGAUUGUUUUUCUCAUAAAAAGGCAAAUGUAGAGUUUGGUUACAGGGAAUAUUCAAUCUUAUGUAAAUACGCUGCAUGAAAAUAUUGCUAUCCAUUGCCACGUAAUUUUUCUCAUUUACAAUCUUAUUAAUGUAAAACUUUUAAAGCUCAUCAACGCAUAAAAACUCAUCUAAUUUCCAAAUGCUGAUUUCAAAAAUUUAUUUCAUUAUAUAAAUUGUAUCUCAUCUCUUCAUUAAAAAAGUACCCUUCGUCAUUUCAUUAAACUCUUGAAGUUCGUAUCACGUAAGAAUUGCUUCAUGCUAUGUCAACAUAUUUAUUUGUUCAAAUUACUGUAAGCACAUAUAUCAUCAUAAGCCAAAGGAUGAUAUCAUGUGCACAUUUUACAAUCAUCUGUGAAAAUUUUGUUGAUUUUUAUAUAUUGAAUAAAUUGUUUUAGCAAAUA